CAUAUCCAAUGCACGGCUCACAUACUGGUUGCUUAACAACCCUGCCUCCAAUAACAAUGACGUUUGGUUUGCAGGCAGAGCAGGAAUAGACUUCAAAAAACAGACUCAGCAGCAGCAGCAGCCUGAGCCUGUCUGCUUACUCUCUGCCUGGCAUCACUGCGUUCACAUUCGAAUAGGUGACACUUGUUUGUUUUUGCUGCCGACAAGGUGACGACUAAACUCUGCACAGGAGCUGCUGGUGUUUUCCAUGAAGGCGAUUUUUCUUCAUUCCACCGAACUUGGAUUGAGUUGCCACAUUUCACACCGCACCCGGUUCACUUCCAGUGGGAGCCUGUGAUCCACAGCCUGACUGCUAAUCCACCUCCCGGUUGGCAACUCAUGACCUCACAUCCCUGUGUCCUGAUGUGUCGGUGAUAUGGGAGAGUGGUGGACAAGUGUGCCAAUAGGGACGUCUAUGGGAAACUAUGAGAUCUCCAGCAUAUCACUUGUGACAAUGUCCCCCUCAAGACAGAACAACCUUGUGUCAAUGCCCCUGUCCAAAAGCUCCUACAAUAUGAUAAGUGCCUUUUGCACAGAGGAUAAUAUUCCUCAGUGCAUUUCAUACAUCAAUCAGGAGCUGGACACGCUGGGCCUCUCCUCCACAUGUAUCGAGGCCAGCUCACCAGGGGGAGCCGGCCUGAACCCAGUGCCAGCUCUAAAUGCCAUGUAUGAGCUACUGCAGAUUCACCGACGUGAUAUGUGCAGUUUAGAUGAGCUUGAGAAAGACCAGCUGAAGAAGUCCAGCACCUUGGACCACAUACAGAUGAACAAUUCCAGACUCAAGGAUCAAUUGGAACUGUCCAUAAGGGAGAAAUCAGGUCUACAUGAGACCGAGAGGCAGCUGCAACUCAAAAUUAAGACUUUGCAGAGCUGCUUGAAAACAGAGAAAGAUGAGGUUCAGAAGCUCCAGAGUAUCAUUGCCAGCCGUGCCUCUCAGUACAGUCAUGAUGCCAAGAGAAAAGAGAGAGAGGCUGCAAAGCUUAAGGAACGCCUCAGCCAGCUGCUGGUUGACAGAAAGGAUAAGAAACUAGAUUUUUGCUUCCUAUGGUUCCAACUAGCUAUCGAUGUACUGAAUUGCUUGGGACGGUCGGAUGGAAAAAGGAGCCACUGGAAAACUGCAAAAGCAACAGCCAGCCAUGAGGGUGAGAUGUACAAGUCCUUGCUCAAUGACUAUGAGGCGAGUCAGAGGUCCUUGAUGCUGGAAAACGCUGAGCUCAAGAAAGUCCUUCAGCAGAUGAAGAAGGAGAUGAUACACAUCCUGAGUCCACGGCGGCCCUCUACCAGAGGAGCCGCUGCUGAUGACAGUCAAGAGCAGGCUGAUUCAGACGGCGAGGAGAAGGUGGGAGACUCGAGCAGGGAAACUCUGGACCAAUCCUGUGAGCAUGCCAGGGAGCAGCUCACCAACAGCAUCCGCCAGCAGUGGAGGAAACUGAGGAACCACAUGGAGAAGUUAGACAGCCAAGCCUCUCAAGUGCAGAACCAGCUGGAGUCCAAUAAAGAGGUGAUACCGAGGGAGACCCACGAGGAUGAGAUGGAGAGGAUGAGGCGUGAAGUACAGCAGUGCAAAGAGUUCAUUCAUGCACAGCAACAGCUCCUCCAGCAACAACUCAACACAUCGUUUGAUGAUGAGACAGCAGCUCUUCUGAAUGACUGCUACACACUGGAGGAGAAGGAGCGCCUCAAAGAGGAGUGGAGACUCUUCGAGGAGCAGAAGAGAAACUUUGAGAGGGAGAGAAAGAACUUCACAGAAGCUGCUAUUCGCCUGGGGCGAGAGAAAAAGGCCUUUGAAGAGGACCGUGCUUCUUGGCUCAAAAAUCAGUUUUUGAACAUGACUCCCUUCACAGACCGUCGGAGAUGUUCCUCGUCUGACGGGCAGAGUGCCUUAUCAAUCCGAAGUGAGCCAGAGAUGAGGAUGUCUUCCACAAAUGCUCAGCUGGUCAAAUCUUCAACCUACGCCACCUUCUCCACUCCUAAACCUACACAAAGUGCUGCUGUGCCAUCCACAACCGAACUUUACCGCACACUCCGCCUCAUUCCAGAUAGCAGUUUCUCCAGACACUCAAAUCGGGGACGCUGGCAAGAGUCCAGCACCAUUGAAGAUGGCGAUAUUCGGGCCAAAUCCAAAAACAGAGUUCGAUGUGGAGACUUGAGUAUCUUCUCUUUGGGUGAAGAUGAGAAUAGCCUCACCUGAAGAACCUCCAAGUGCCUUUUUUUUGUGUGUGAUUUUUUUUUUUUGGGGGGACUAUAUCAUAAAUUUAUGGCUGAAUGCCAUCACCACGGAUGAACACUGCUUUUAUUAGGGUUUUUAAAAACAUCUUUGUUAUGGACAUGCACCAAAGCUGAUCAAACAAGAAAGCACUUUAAUGAGUCUGCCAUUGCUCAUUCCUUUCCUUUACAAGCAAAUCCUCACUGACAAAUCAGAUUUUCAAGCUAUAUUCAAAGGAGGGUGUCUAGUAGUGAUUUAUUGAGUAAGAAAUCUUUUGUUUUCUUUUUUACUUGUGGAUUAAAUUAAAUGUUUAAGUUUUACUUUAUUUAGUAAGUAAAUUUAAUGUUUACAUAUUGUAGAUGUGUAAAUUGUGAUUUUAUUGACAUAAGAUUAAUAAUGAUCUGCUCUAACAGCACAAUAAAGAUAUUUUUAAUGAAA